AUGGGCACCGUCACAGACCACAAGGGCGUAUUCAAGAUCGCCGCGUUCAGCGGCUACACGGGUGACAAGGCGGACGCGCUGCAGCGUCAGGCCGAGAGCAGCGGUUGUCCUGUGCUUUUCGGCGACUACCUCGCAGAGAUGAAUUUGGCCUGGCGUGCACUCGAAGUCAAGGACCACCCGGAGCUGGGGUACGAACGGCCGUUCCUGCUCCACCUCGGGAUGGCUGCCAAGGCGAUUGCAGCCAACAAGUGCAAAGUCGUGACCAAUGCCGGUGCUCUCAACCCCAAGGGCCUGGCUGAGGCGUGUGUCGCCUACGUUGAAGGUGACAACAUCAUCGAUCGCCUGCCAGAACUGGCUGCCGCUGGCGAGACCUUGGGCCACCUCGAGGACGCUCGACCGCUGAGCUCGUGGGGCCUCACACCACUCACGGCCAACGCCUAUGUUGGUGGACGUGGCGUCCGUGCUGCCCUGGAAGCCGGUGCCGACAUUGUCAUUUCGGGCCGGUGCACGGAUGCUUCACCCGUCAUCGGCGCCGCGGCAUGGUGGCACAACUGGUCCUGGGACCAGUACGACGUCCUUGCCGGCGCCUUGCUCGCAGGACACUGUAUCGAGUGCGGCGCCUACGUCACGGGUGCCAACUCGUCCGGAUUCAAGGCCAUCAAGGACUCGUACUUCAACUUUGCCAUGGGAAUCGCCGAGAUUGAGGCGGACGGCACGUUUGUGAUCACCAAGCAGCCCAACGAGAAUGGAUUCAACGGUAUCGUGGAUAUCCCCCAAGUCACCAGCCAAAUCCUUUAUGAGAUUCAGAACAACGUCUAUCUCAACCCAGACGUCCAAGGCAUCAUCGACGACAUCAAGGUCGAGAAAGUAGGCAAGGACAGGGUCCGCGUCACUGGUGUGCGUGGCAUUGCACCUCCCAACACCACAAAGGCCGCCGUCUGCGCCGUGGCUGGCUAUCAGGCUGAAACGUCAAUCUUUGCGACUGGGCUGGACGUCCAGGAGAAGUUUGACGUUUACCGGUUGCAGAUCAAGACCAACCUCGGCGAAAAGAUCUUGCCACAGUUCACGAUGUUCGACAUCACCCAAUACGGCGUCGCAGCCCAGGAUCCCCAGACCGAGGGUGAGGCGACGGCGAUGCUCCGUAUCGUUGCCCAAGCGCCAAAAAUCGAAGCGUUUGGGCCGUACAAGAACCUCCUGGCGCUCGUCCACACGGAGGGACUCGGCCACUUCCCCGGAUUCCAAAACCAGCAGGACACACGCCUUGCGGAGCCCAAGCCGUACAUCGAGUACUGGCCCGGACGAGUCAGUGUCGCCCACCUUCCCCUCACGGUCGGGUUUGUGGGCAGUGACGAGAAGAUUACAGUCCCGCCAGUCGAAGGAACGACGGCCGUCCAGCCGCAGGCCGACUACGACGCAAAGACUGCGCUCCAGCCCGGCGAGUAUGGCUCAACGACGCGUGGCCCGCUGGGCUGGAUUGUGCAUGCGCGCUCUGGUGACAAGGGCGGUAACGCCAACGUCGGCUUCUUUGUGCGCCACGCGGACGAGUAUCCCUGGCUGCGUUCCCUGCUGUCCAAGGACACUUUACGCCACCUCCUCGCAAAGGAGUACACCAACAACAAGAUUGAGCGUGUCGAGUUCCCGGGUCUGCUCGCUGUUCACUUUGUGAUCCACGACUACCUCGGAAAGGGUGUCUCGAGUACGGCGCGGAUGGACGCCUUGGCCAAGAGUGUGGCCGAGUAUUUGCGCAGCAAGUAUGUCGACUUGCCCGACAAGUACCUCGCGCGGGGCAAGCUGUAG